CUGUUGGUACUAGCUUGAGUAACCUCUUUUUCAGAUUUUAUCGAUUUGAAGUUGCGUGAAAACGAGAAUUUUACCGAUCAAAAUAUCGUCAAAAUGGCGUCUGGCGGUGAUCCUCUCUUUGCUUGCACGAAUUGUCAUACUAAACACCCAUUUAGCGAGUUGUCUGUUGAUCAGCAACUUUGUCGGUCAUGUCGCAAAAAGCAUCCAUUGGUUUGCUGUUCUGUUUGCCGCAUGGAAUUUUAUCUCAUGAGGAAAACAAAUGACAAACCUAUUUGCAAGCGAUGCAGAGAUAACACACAAUCUUAUGGCCAGCCAAAGAGUUGCCAGUACUGUCACAUAAGAGCCGCAUUCAAAGGGUCAAAAUGUGCCAAUUGCACAAAGUCAGAAAAGAAAUAUGGCUCUCCAGUUGUCUGUGAGCAGUGCAGGGUGAAAUGUGCAUUUGCAAAAAGUGAGGAAUCGCGAGCCAAGGUUGAUGGUAAAAUUUUGUGUAUGCUCUGCACUCAACACUUCCUGAGACACUUGCAGAAGCAAAGGAAACGAGCUAAAGAAAAAAAUGACGAUCAUGUUCGACCCGAUAAACAUCAGCAAAAACGGAAGAAGACAUCGACUGAAUAUCGGGCAGUAGAUGAAAUGAAGUCGAGGCUUGCAGCUGUUGAAUCGGCUUCUAACAAUCGCUCAGCUAGCAACAGUCCCAUGAUCUUUGGUCUUCAGAAUAUACAAGACAGCGAUGCAAACCGUGAUACUCCAACCGACACAGCGCUGGUAAAUCAGAUAUCGGAGAUUGCCUCCUUGAAAGACGAGGUUGCUGUUUUGAAAAAACAACUACAAUCAAAAGAAAGGGCAAUUUUAGAGAAAGAUAAAAAGAUACACAGCUUAGAGGCGGCUACCUGGCAACAUGGCAAAGAAUUACGCGAGAAAACGCAGAAACUCGAGAAAGAGUUGAUGGACAUUAUAAACAACCUCAAUGAGGAGAACCGAAACUUGAAGAAACAGCUUUCGCAAGCAACAAAAGCUGCCAAGCGAACCGACACAAGAGCGGAUAUGCUAUCGUGAAAAUGUGAGAUUCUUGCUUGUGUGUUCUAUAAAUGCCUCCAUGGUAGGUUGCUUUUUAACCAGAACAGUUAUGUAAAUUUAUGAAUAAAUUGGUCUUUGUAUCCAUCUUUGAAGGAUGCUUUUCAACAUGUAUCGUUGAUUUCGAUAUUAAAAACACAACUUUUUGUAACUUUUUUAAUUUAAAAACCAAAUCUUAUAGCAAAAUGUUCAAUUUUAUACCUAACCGAAUACCGUUGGUUGAGAAUCAAGUAUUUCAAUAUACCAUCAGUUAGCAGUAGAUUCCAAGGUUAAAAAGGAGGUAGUGGCCUUUUUCUUAAAGGAGGCUUUAGCGUUAGCUUUAUGUGGGAAGAAGGCAGGGUUUCCUUUUUAAAAAAAAUGGGAAACAGAUCAUACAACUAAUGUUAAUUAUUGAUCAUAUAUUACCCUCGAGUCUGUGUCGUAUAAACAGCAACUAACUAGAGCUACUUAAGCCCCCAAUCAAGGUACUCCCAAGCAAAGAAAUCGUUCUGCAUGGAAAAAGGCCUUCUGGCCCUUUUCAGAAUAUUCAUAACUCUGCCUGUUCAAAUUUUAGAUUCAUAAUUGCGCAGAUAUCCUGUAACAGAGUGUGCAGUAGAUAGAUACUCCCUUUGUUGAGUUGUCAUCUUAGAUGAAUCUAUUCUGCAAGCUCGUUGCAUGAUUGUGAAGGGAGUUUCGUUGCAUGAUUGUGCUACAAACGACUUUCAUCACUUUGUUUGAAGUCAGAGGUACAGAAGGAGGAUACCUAGACGCAUUCCAUGUAUACUAACCUGCCAAAUUAACCUUUUUCUCAAGGUGAAGGGUAUCCAUUGGUUUUGGAAUGCAACCCCUCUUCCGUUUAUAAAAUCUUUUUAUUUUUACCUUACUCCUCUCAGGUGACAGACUUGCCAUCUCGGUGCCAUCUCGGAUACUAUGUGCAUGCUCUAUUCAUUGCACUUUUAUUUUAGCCUGCAGCCUACACUUGAAUCAGUUUGUCUAAGAUUGUAAAUUUUUAACAGUGCUUAGUAGAGGUUCUUGUUAAGAAUUCAAUGACAUGUAAUAUUUGUGUUAAGAUCCGUAUCUAAAAACGUAUUGACUGUAAGUUUUUUUAUAAUCAGGAGUUUAUGGUGUAUUGGAAUUUGUUGAUAAGUGCGUCUAAAUUUUGCCUAAACAAAGGAUCACUCUUUGAUCCAUAUAUUCUGAACUUGAAGUGUGAAUACAGUGUGUCCUCGAACUUUGCGUCUUUGUACUGUCAAUCAUUUGGUGCAAGCAACAUGCUGGUCUAUUAGCUCAUUUUAGUCCGUAAAUUGUACCAAUAAAGGAUCAAACGUUAAAUGCCCAGUUUUCCAUAAAAAGGUUUAAAGAAAGAGAAAGAAUAGUUAAAAGUUUUAAUCAUAGUGUAUGCAUAGAGGAAAAGAAAUGUAUUCGAUUCAUAUAAUGUACCCUUUUCUCUGGAGGUUUGACCCAUUCUGGUGGUUUUCCCUCAAUCCCCUCUCCCUUCCCAUCCUCUGUUCUCUAUGCGUACUUUUUAAACUGCCACGAGGCACAUUGGGUAAACCUGUUUUCGUCAAAUAACUGUUUUCCCCGUUAAAUCAUUGUGCAUGUUUCCCCUUUCGUGAAAGGAAUGCUUUUGACGACAUGUCGAUGUGGCUAGUUCAAAAGUUUUUAAAUGUGUCAUAUAUAUAAACCAUUUAUACCAUGGUGUAUAGAAAUUCUCACUCAUUUCUAUUCCCUUCAGUUUUACACCAACAUAUUUUCCCCAAAAUUCAUGUAACUUUCUCUUUUCUACAAAGCGAUAUGUAAUCACAGCUGUACUCUAAAAUACCUGUAAAUGAAUAGACUCCUUAAUCCCGCCCUGGCACCUUGACCACUUUAAUGAAACAACAGUGAAACUCAAUCCAACUCAUAGCAAGAUCUAAAUUUUUGUUUAAACUGUUAUCAUAUAAUAUCUGCAAUGCCAGAAAAAUGCCAGAUCUUCUCAUUUUCCUUCUCCCUUUCCCACAAUCUACUCCUUCCCCUUUCUCAAACCUCCUCUAAAUCAAACAAAGUUAUGGACUCAGGUGAAUAUCUCUUAGAACAAUUUUCCCAGCGUAGCACGUUACUUUUUAGAAAGCCAGGAUUUGAAUAUAGAAAAUAUUGAGUAUAAUUUGAAUAUAGAAUUGAAUAUAACAAUUUAACUGCCUGAAAGAUGGUCUGUUAAAUCGCCGGUUUAUUCCUCAAGAACAUGAGGAAUCCAUGGCACCCCUUCUGAACACAUCACGAUUGUUUUUUGAUCUUCUUCAAAUCCUCUUCAGAGAAGACCCUCUAUGACUUUCUUUAAAAUGCUUCGUUAGUGCGCAUUUUUCUGUUUUCUUUCUAUACAUUGUUACACCAGAGAGAUAUUUUUUUAUAUCUGGGAUAUGAAUGUUCAGGUUAAGUUUAUAAUUUUGACCCAACAAAUUUUUUUCUGGAUGGAAACAAACAAAAGGAGUCUUGAUUCCACGACUUCUUUAAAGAUUCAAUGUAUGGAGAAGUAGCAAGAAUGGCUAAGAAAUGUGCCAAACAUGACUCAAAUGCCGAUGAUUUGCCAAAUGUUGAUAAUUAAUUGUUAAGAACAGCAACUUUACUAACAGAAGACGAAAUACUCGCUGGGCAACAAGUUUUAGAGAGAUGCUAGGACGAUAUUUCGAAGCUUGAUGCUAUAACAAGACCAUCAACUGAUUUUAAAAGGUUGCGGAGGAGGUGGCUUGCCAGUGCUGCCUGUUUUUACAUAGCGGAAAUAUGCUGCGUCAGCAUUAUUCUAAAUUUGACCAUAUCUUAAAAGCCUGAUCUAGAAUGGAAAGCAGAUGACCAUGGAACCAUAUUUGUUUAUAUAAUUUAGAUUUUUGACAGGAUAAGAUAGUUGCUAUUUUGCAUUUCAUUUUGUGCUUUCGGUUUUGGACUGGCCAAUCCACUAUUUCAAACAUUUGCUGUCCCGAAAAAAUUCAGUUUCCUGUGAGAGAUCAAGAGAGCCAAUUUAAAUUGUAAAUAAAAAUUUGGAUGAGCUCAGUUAAUAUUUCAUAAUUCUAACCUCAUUCUUCGCGAUCCUGGAAUCAAAAGGGUUGUUUUUGCAGAAAGAGAAGAUGACCACGAAAUUGUCUAUGCAAAUCUUAAUUAAGGAGAAAUGUGAAUUUCAACGAGAUAAUGAGUCGCCCAGCAAGAAAAACUGGGUAGUUUAGGUGCCCUACUCAACAUAAGAUGAUCUUUGGUUUUAAGCUGUUGGAGCACUUACUCAUUAGAAUUAAAAGCAGCCUUCUCAAUGGGGCUUCUUCAAAACGUCGAAAGGCGUUGGUUUAAGUAUGGAAACGACUUUGUGAUUUCCAGGUAGGUUUUCGCUGAGGUUUUCCGCCUAACGCCUUGACUACCCAGUAUUGUCUAAUUCUUUAGAUGGACAGACUUAUGUAUGCAAAAUUUAUGAUGUUUUCGGCUGACAACGAAAUUUUGUAGACUUGCAAUGGCCAUCAAAUGCAUAAUUUAACAAUUGAAUAUUCAAAUUAUAAUUGGUGUAAAUAGAAUAUUUUAAAUAAUUAGUGAUUUUCACCAGUCGUCAUCCAAAUUCAACCGCAAAAAUGUUUCAUUAUUGUGCUUUCUUGAUUCAACCAUUCAGGCAAUUUAAAUGACCUAUUGAGUGCCAUUGUUCGCGUUCAUGAUUUUGAAAUCAGCAAUAAUAUAUAUUUAUGUUGUCACAAAUUUAUAUAUUUCAAAUAGGCGCAUUGGAAAAUGCAAGAUUUCAGCCUCUAUGGAGAAAUUCAAAGUCUUUGAAAUAAUAAUGUAAGGGUAUUUUCUUAAAUGCCAGUACUGAUCCUGCAGGCCAUAAUUAUGUUCUAAUUAUUCCGCAUGUGAUGGAUCAUUAUAUUUAACUCGGGUUUCUCAUCUAUUUUAUUUCUUUAUCUUUUGUAUUUAUUUAUUCAUUUAUUUAUUUAUUUAUUCAUAUAUGUAUUUAUACUGUAUAUUUUUAAAUUCCUCAGUUACCCCCUGGACGUGAGAAUGUGUUAUUAAUUGAAGACGCACAGAAUUCGGGGGAAAAUGCCAAUGCUCUUUAAGCUAAAAUGAGGUAUUUGCUCACGCACAAGCAAAGUGUCUGCUGCGCAUUCUUGAUACUUAUAUUAAUGAUUUAUGUUGCGUCAAAGUAUUUCAGUAAGACCUCGUUGUUAUACCAUAGUUGCCAAAUUUUGUCCCACCAUGCCCGGUUUUUAAAACUCUUUUGUGUGCACAACAGUCCAAAAUUUCAAUUGCUCUCACAAGUCUUCAUUAGAAAUGGCGAUGGAUGCUGAACUCCGAUAUUAAUCCCUCAGCCAAAAGCAAGAAGCAACAUGCUGCCAAAAACUCCACAGUCAGCCCCUUCAUUGCCUUCGACAUCUGUCUCACCUUGCAGGAUGUACUGCUUCAAAGGAUAUUGUGUUCGUAUCAAUGAAAACUAUUUGGCUUUACUACAGCAAAACAUGUAUGCAAUUAUCAAAGGUAUUAAGUCUUUCGAUUUUUUCACGAUUACCAAAGCAGAUCAAAUUCCCUUACAUACUGACAAAAGCAUAUCAUACGCUUUUGAAAGUAUGCCUAUUUCUAUUCAUCUGGAAUCAACAGGCCAUCGGACGUUUAGCAUUCACUAACCAAGAACUGGAAAAUGAUAGGAAAAUAAAGGACUGGCCAUCAUCUUAACUUUGUGAGCACUUAUAGCAGGUAAUUGUGUAUACCUUUUCUCUUUACCCACUUUUGUAUCACCCAACUGUUAGUGGAAAUGAAGCUCUCUUCAGUAUUGCCUUUAUUAUCGGACUGCAACUGAAAGGGAAAAGCCUUCAUUCUUUUGAAGCAGAAACAAAAGCCUUUUGCCGGUGUCAUAUGCGUUUCGGUAACCUUAUGCAUUUCGGUCCGGGUACUCAAACGCAUGGCAAUUUUGGUUAUGCAAAAUCGUACCCAAGCACUUAAACAAUAGGGUACCAAAACGAAUGGUGGAAUUUAACAUGCAAAACGGUCCGGGUACACAAAUACAUGGCAAUUUUGGUUAUGCAAAAUCGUACCCGAGCACUUAAACAAUAGGUACCAAAACAAAUGGUGGAAUUUAGCAUGCAAAACGGUCCGGGUACACAAACGCAUGGCAAUUUUGGUUAUGCAAAAUCGUACCCGAGCACUUAAACAAUAGGGUACCAAAACAAAUGGUGGAAUUUAGCAUGCAAAACGGUCCGGGUACACAAAUGCAUGGCAAUUUUGGUUAUGCAAAAUCGUACCCGAGCACUUAAACAAUAGGGUACCAAAACAAAUGGUGAAAUUUAGCAUGCGACCUGGUCUGGGAACACAAAUGUUCUGAUUCAUAAUGUUCAGAAUGUAAAGAACAAUCGAACUAUUUCUAACAAGGGGGUACUAACAAGAAACGGUGCUGUGAUUUCCCUUGUUAAGUUUAUGCAAAAGAGUACAACAUUAGUGGCGACUCCAAAGUUUUCUUGAUUAAAAAGUAUUAAAUUUUAAACAAAAAAGUAUUGUGUUCAAUUUGUUAAUUAUAAUGUGUCAUAAUAUCGCACUACGGUGAAAUCACUUGAUUUGAAACACAUUGCGUUUCACAAUGUUACACUUUUGCAUAGGGUACCAAAACGCAUAUGACACCGGAAACAAGGAAAUGUCGCUAGCGCUUGUUGGGCCGAUUGUCAAGAGUUCAAACUGGAAGAUUCAGUUAAUCGAAAGUUAGUGUGCCUUUUGUUUCAAUGUUAGAGUGAUAAAAAUAAGCGGUAAAUGUCAGCAUCACUUAUAAAAAUGUAGAAACUGGAAUACAAGUACUACAUUUAAUUUGUUUUUGAAUUACACUGAACGCCUAAUCAUAGAAAAAAUUGACAACCUUUAUAAUGUGAGUGGAGUGAUUUCUAUUGUCUGAAGCAGCCAAUCAAAAGCCAAUGUUCACUGGUGAUCGCAAUAAUCGUGAUACUCGGGCAUUGCAAAGCUACUUCAUAACACUUUUGUAAAAGCAUAAUUUUGCUAAAAUGAGAUGAUAAGAGUGUCAGAUGAUAAAAUGGAAUGUUUUUCUUGGUCCUUUAACUCCAGGUUAUCUAAAAACAGUCAUUAUAUGUAGAAUAAGAAACCAUGCAAAUAGCAAAUUAUAAGAGAUGAUUAUUCAUUAAAAACUGUGUGGAAUGAUGAUUAAUCUAAGUUUUAAAAAUCUUAGCUUGUUUUUACUCAGUUACCAACGCCCUUCGAAGCCGACUUUGUCACAACUGAAAAUGCGAUACAGGAGGUAUGUGAUGUUAUUUUUUAUUUAAUAAGCAAUAAUUCAAGGAAAGCUGCAGAUUAUAAUUGCUUAUGCUUUCGACAGGGAGAGAAGCUCUUAAGCGUCUGGAAGGUAACCUUUUGUCAUCUGUAUUAGUAUCAAUGGGUAGUCCGGAACAAGAAAAAAUCCAAUUUGGGUGAGCAUAGGAUAGUCAGCUUGCUUUUGAGGUAUAGGAACAGUGAAGUAGCUGGAGAGAAAGCAGAGGAAGCGCCUGUUUUUCCCUUGGAAAAGUAACUUAUUUAAGAGAACUCUACACCCAAACUGGACCUCAAACCUCAUCACGAAAGCCGUCUCAGAGGUGUCCUUCUUUGGAAACAUUUAUUUUUAAUAAAUCUUGACCCAAUCAAGCUUUCUUCAAGAAAGAUGUGGAAGAAGUUCUUUCUUUCUGCAAGCGUUUUAAAAUAUUAAAUCAAUCAUGCAUAAACGCAUACACUUCAUCGUACCUUACUUUCAGGAUGUCGAGGUGACACCUGCUAUGUUUCAGAAGAUGAUUUUAAUCAAAUUUUGAUUUACUUUUUCGCAGUUGUCAUUUAAUUUGAUUUUGCUAUAAUAAUCAUCUAAAUUUAUUUUGCCAUUGCACCCUGAAAGCCUAAAAAACUAGCUUAAACACAUAUUUUGGAAAGGAACAUAACAAAGAAAUAUCAAAGAAAAAUGGUUUAGAAGAUAAAGAUUUGCCACUUAUUACUUCAUCAUUCAGGCACCUUAAGGCUUCUGCUACCCCUGUGCGGUAAAACUACACAAUUUUUGCUAAUGGGGAAAGGGCUAGCGUUUUUCCUCAUGUUGCUUACGUGGCUGUUGUUGUUGUUUAUACUGAAGCUACGCAGAGCCAUGCAAUGGAACCACAAAAACUGAACUCAGUAUUAUUAAGGCAAAUUAUAUUUUGUCUUUCUAUAACAGGACUUGUGUUUUUGCUCGAGGUGCUUGUGCAUGUGCUUGUGCAUCUUUCUAUAACAGAAACUCUUCCUAUUGCUAAUAAGAGUUCGGUACUCAACGUCUGCAGAAAAUCUUUCGUGUUUUUGCGUGGCAGUAAAUUCACUUAAAUAGGAUCUCAUUGCAUAUUGACAUUUUGAAAAAUUAAGAACAAAUUCAACAUGAUUUGGAACCGCAUCAUAAUUCUUUCUGUAAUACAUUAAAAUGUAUAAAAUUUCUCAGAAAGGCGUUCAACAUUGUGUUUCUUAUGAAAAUUAGAACUGGAGGAAUCAAUACUUUUCUCUUACAACAAAAUAGCUUUAGUGCAGGUAUUUUCAACUCGUGCUGAAUAAAGAAACUGAGUGACACAAAGGGACAAUUAUUUUAUCAUUAUCAUUAAAAGCUUGACGUAUUUUCAAACUUUAACAUGAGAUUAGAACAAGGACUCAUAAAUUGUAUAUCAUGCAUUUGUCCUCCAUCCAUUUUCUUGUUCAAAUUUCUUGGAAGGCAGAUUUCACUUUUAGACUUGUUUGAAAUGGCUUCUUUAAGGGGAAUUUUUCAAGGUAGACAAGACUCUGAGCAGUGAUAAAUGAUCCUUUAAAUCACCACUAACAUUAAAUAUGAUGAUAGCAAUGUAGCUACUUACUUCGUGGCAGUAAUUUCACCGAUCAACACUAGCUACUAAACUUCAUCUUCAUGUUAAAAGGACUUUAAAUAACGAGACGUAAAUACGUAUUCACCAUGCCUUUCUAAUCUCCUCGAUACACAUGUUAACGCAUUAGUUAAUUUUGUAUAUCUUUCUUUACGCAACUAAUAAUGCACCAACGAACACUGUACCUAAUGCCAAUAACAAGCCUCAAGUGUGACCAACCUACUUUUUACCAGCAAACCAAUAAGUAUGUGAGGGAGGAAAUUGAAAGUGAAAAAUAAAAAAAACUCUACGAGUUCCUAUUUGCAUCACUUUAACAAGAAAUAUAAGCAUAUUUUUUCCUGAAUCUUUAUCACUAGUUUAUGCGUACGUAAGUAGAUUUAUACACGAUCAUCCAUAUGAAAUGAACUAGCAAUGAAGCACCAACCCAUGAAACUUUUAUAAAGAAUUACGGCAGCGAAUCUCUUGACGUGAAAAAAAGGUCAUGAACAUUUCAUAACAUCAUUCUUGACAUCAUAAUUAAGAAACUCUUAAGAAACAAUGAGUAUUGAAAUUUCCAGAACACUAAGAAACUGGAGUACUCAACAACGACCUUUGUUUCUAGAAAAAAAUGAGUGUAUACUAAGAUAAGCAAGUAAUUUAAAUACCAAACAUUAAUAAGUCGACUAUGAUAAAUGGCUUUGAACAAGAAUAAAAAAGACGUAUCACAGUCUUGUUAAUUCUUAGUACUGAAUUAAUCUCCAUGCUCUUAGUUCAUAGUCUGAGGUCACUUUGUUGUUAAUUGCAUCUUCUAUAGCAUGUAUAUAAUCAGGUCUCAAGUAAACCUUGCUGCAAUUUUAAUUAGGGUUUAAUGUUAUGAAUUUGCAUAAAAUAUUAAUCAAAAUAUCAUUAUGGUAAUAAUUAAUACAAUAAUCGUCUUACUCACUGAGAUUGAAGUAUUUCAAGGUUCGCAAUUCUUUUGAUAAAUACGUAGGCCUAAAAGAUGCUAAUUGCUCAGAAAGUUUAGUAAGGAUCUUUCCCCAAUAUUAUUGUUUUUUUAGAGAGAACUUCCCGAAUGGAGCCGGACCUGCGAUAAAUGUUGUUUGCCAAGAGAGGCUACAGCCCUCCCGUUCUCAAUGUUUUUUUCGUCUACGAAUAAACAGAGGAAUGAUGUAGAUUGUUUCUGUACGGAGAAGAAAAUUUAAGUAUUUCCAUGAUAAAAUGUUUCCUACCCUUGAGUCUGGUACCCAGGGUAAAUGUUUCCAUGAUAUCUCGUUAUAUUCUUUUUUAUCGUUGUUCUGAAGCGUUGGGGCUCUCCGCUAUUACGAGAGUCAACAGUUUGAUACUGCUGGUUUAUAAGUUAUUGUACAAUUGUUGGAAAGUUUGGUAUUUUUUUCAACCUGACGCACAAAUCCUUCCAUAACGAAAAAGCAGAUUUCGAUUUUCAAACAUCCUUUCAACUUUCUGUCCUAAUCAUUCCUGACAAGCCUUUAACUGAAUUGUAAUCUUGCUAUUGUAGCUUUACCAUUCAAACAAAUUCUAUUUUAAUUUUUCCAAUGUAUUCAAAGUAAUUUAUUUUUUCUAAAGAAAGAGUUUUCUUUAGUUGCCAUGUAAUCUGCUAAUUAGCGGCACCAAUCCAAAGUCAGUGUACUUCUCUGGAAAAUUACUAGUUGUAAAAAAAGCAAUGCCAUUCUUUCAGGGAUCACCCUAACAGAUUUACCAACAAAACAUAAGUGACAGCAUGUAUGAUUGCAGGAAUUCUAUUUCCUUUGAAACCUGGAAUAAUCUCCAAAUGUAGCCUACACUUAAACCCAUUUUAUUUUUUCCAAUAACUCUAUUGAUUAACCCCCCCCCCCCUAACUACUAGGUUUCUCAUCUUGUAAAGCCUUGUAAUUUUUUGGCCCUGAAAGACAGAGCAAAUCUGAAUUAACAGCUUAGAAUAUAAUUUUGACAAAUAUUUGAAAGUGGAUACUUAAAAGUAUUGACAAAGGAACAAAAAACACAUUGGCAUGACAUCGAUGAUGACAAAGACGUCGUCGAGGAAUGAUAGAGGGGGGGGGGGGUAAACAACGAUAAGCACGAUGACGUGAAAAUGACACGGACAGUGGAAGAAUUUGAUGACGUAAGUAAUAAAGGGGUCAUUAGGCAAUGAUCCAGUCAUGCUCAUUUGUUUACUGCUAAACUUGGCUCUAAAAAUUGCUUUUUCAAGUUUUAAA